CUAAACUCCUGCUACUGUUCCCUCUCAUUCUCGGGUUCACUCAAGGAUGCUUCAAUACUUCACGCUAGCAAUCUCUAAAUCUCCACUGAUGUACCACUUUUAUGGUUUGCAAACUCUUCCUGCGGGAUAUUUUGAUGUCGUGAUCAGCGGUGGUUAUUGCGUUUCAGAGAACCCCAGGUUUGCAACGCCACAAAUGCAUUCGAGAACGAUAGAUCCGAAAGCAAUGAAGCCACAUACAGAUUCGAGUGGGGGUCUUUACAAGGGACCAGAGAGCAGCAGAUCCUCAACAUUGAAACAAGACAUAUGAGAAUUACAGAACAAGAUGCAUAACUAUGCAGUCACAGGUCUCUAUCUUGUGAGACUAGGGUUCUUUGAGUCCUAGGUCCAGAAUAUACCCAUCCUUUCAGGGUACCACAGGCCUCUUACUCGCUGCCAUCCCAACCUCCAUGACCAGCAGAUAAGACCCAACGAGGAUAGCUUCUCGAGAACCCAUGAAGAGCGGGUCGAUCCCUACUCCUGGAUGCAGAACCCUACGCUCGCCUGCGUUAGACCGGCGGGCCCUUUGAUGAUGGCAUAAUCGCCAUCCUGUCGCCUCUUAAACUAGCGUCUACUCUAUCUCGACUUUUCUUGCAAGCCUUUACAGAAGUUUUAUAUACAUCUCCGUGGGCCCGAGACAUUUUCCCUCUUCCCUUUCCAGCGGCUGCGUCUAUAUUUCAACAGCUUAUCUUUCUUGGCGAUCACCUCUGAUUCGCACCCCUCUUUGCCUGCAGAGGUUGUCAUUGCCAGUAUGGCGUUCAACCACAAUAAGGAUGAAGAUGUCGUCGCUGGCGAUGGUCCGUCUGAGCAUAACUAUGACUCUGGACGCUUGAAUGAUACAGAAGAGGCCGAGUCUAUAGACCCGGAUUCUGGUGUAAAGCGUGGUUUGAAGAAUAGACAUUUGUCUAUGAUGGCUUUGGCUGGUAUUAUCGGACCUGGACUUCUUGUUGGUGCAGGUGGUGCAUUGAAUGUCGGAGGACCAGCUGCAUUGCUCAUUGGAUUUGGUGUUGUUGGUAUGAUGUUCUUUGUCUUGAGAUCUUUGAAGAGCAUAUGGGACCAGGAGGUUCUAUUCAGUCUUCAGAUCCUUACAAAAUUCAAUGCUAACUCUUGGCAGGUAUCAUCGCCUUCUGUAUUAUGCAGUCCCUUGGCGAGGUGACAACACUAUACCCUGGCGGAGGCUCUUUCAUCUCUCUCGCCGAGCGCAUGGUAGACAAGUCUUUUUCCGUUGCUGUAGGCUGGAAUUACUUUGUUAUCUGGGCCGCUGUCCUCGCCAACGAGUAUAAUGUCAUCUGCAGUAUUCUCACAUAUUGGGGACCAGUCGUUCCCCUAUGGGGUUACUUCCUCAUCUUCUGGACAGUCUUCAUGGGAUUCCAACUUCUUGGUGUUGAAGCUUUUGGCGAAGCCGAGUUCUGGCUUGCGCUUAUGAAACUCCUCGGAUUAACAGCGUACUUCAUCUUCGCCAUCAUCUACGCCGCUGGUGGUUUGGUCGGUCAGGAUGGAUCUGUUGGCUUCAAAUACUGGAGUGACCCGGGAGCUUUCAACGGAAAUGGCUUCCGCGGUGUUGCUUCUGUCUUUGUGUUUUGCUCGACAUUCUACUCUGGUGUUGAGUCUAUCGCUGUGGCUGCUACUGAAACGAGAAAUCCUGGUGUUGCGGUUCCUCAGGCUAUUCGACAAGUCUUCUGGCGUAUCAUCUUCGUCUACAUGGGAUCAGCUUUCUUCUUUGGAAUCACCUGCCCUGCUAAUGCGGAGGGACUGGUGAACGGAGGUUCCAAGGCCCUGCAGAGUCCCAUGACUAUUGCGAUUCAGAAUGCUGGCUGGCAAGGAGGCGUCCACCUUAUCAACGCCUUCAUUCUCCUAACUUGCUUGUCCGCUAUCAACUCAUCCAUCUACUUUGGCUCUCGAACUGUUUUCUAUAUGGCGCAGUCUGGCAAGGCUCCUAAGAUAUUCGGCUGGACCAACAGCCGAGGUGUUCCAGUCUGGGCAAUUUUCAUCACCAAUGCUGUCGGUUCCAUUUCCAUGAUGAAUGUCUCUACCGGUGCCUCCAAGGCUUAUAGCUAUAUCGUCAACCUGUCCGGUGUCAGUGCUUUCCUUGUCUGGGGCAGCAUCUGCUUUAUCCAUAUCCGCUUCCGUCGAGCUUGGGUUACUCAGGGUCGCAGUCUCGAUGAGCUUCCGUACAAGGCACUCGGCUUCCCAUAUCUCGCCUGGUUUGGUCUUGGGGCUUGUAUUUUCUUGGCUCUGGUUCAAGGGUGGACGACGUUGUCGCCAUUCAAUGCUGGAAAUUUUGUGGAUGCUUACAUCCUGGUGCCACUGUUUGGUAUCAUCUAUGUAUUCUGCAAGCUGUUAUGGCGCGGAAAGGAUCCUCUCAAGCGUAGUUGGAGCAUCGAUCUCGACAGUGGCAGAAGAAAGGAUCUGGAUUACAAGAGUGGCCCAACAGAAAGGGAUGUCCCUGGCCAAACACCUUGGUGGAAGAAGGUGUGGGCUUGGUUCUGAUUUUGAAUCAGUAAAAUUAUGGAACUUUCGGGUUACGAUGUUGGGCUUUUCAUGAUACCUAUUUAGCUUACGAUUGCAAACAAAUAUAACCGGUUUCUUUGCUUCCAUCCGUUUUUCAUUUACAUAGGUUUACGAAAUUACACUUGCAGACUGAGAAAAUGAGGCAUCGUUGCGAAAAUAUAGUAAGCACAUAGUAUCAUUCAUCAUCAA